UUUAGUUGGAGCAUGCGCAUUGCUUCAUUAGAAAGGUUACACUGGAUGAACUCCUGUCGAGCUCUAUUUUUCCUUUUGUAACACAUGGCUUUAAAUCGAUGAACUCAACACUCUCGCAUAUAAUCGUAAAUUUUGUGGAAAACGGUGUAGACACAAUUUUUCUUAGAAAAAUUUGUUAUAAAGUUAUUUAAUUACAUCGCAGUUAGAAAUAGGGCAUUAAGAUAAUAAUUAUUAUUUUUGUAAUUAAUUUAACAGUUAUCUAAAUAUUAAAAAUGAUUCAUAGAAACUUCCCUGCGGUAAUAACCAACUAUUAUUGUAAUAUUAAAUAACGGAGUGACGGAUUCCUAUGAAGAAAAUUGUUUACUAGGUGAUUUUAUUAGACAAAGCUUAAAGCACAAAAAAAUAUUUUAAAACGGAAGAUGGUGUGCAAACCGGGAAUGAAUUAUAUAUUAAUAUGUUUUUUUGUGUUAUACCCUAACGGUGCUAAUUUUGCUCCCGGAGAAAAAAUCAAUUACAACCUUGCAAAUUCCUGGGCUGACAAAUUAGGCAUGGAAUUGUUCCAUUUGGGUGACUUUAUUACGAGAAGAAAAGAAGUUCAAGAGAGUUUUAAAGAAGCACAAGUAGUAUCACGAUCAGGAGCCAAAAUCGUGGAAAAUAUGGCGCACGAUAUAAAAAUGAUGAUGGAUUUAAAAAUAAGUGCAGUUCGGCGGAUAAUGGAUACAGCAGAAAACACUGCGUUGUCGCAUCAGAACGAAAAGGAGGAUCUGUAUUUUUCCUAUUAUAAUGCUAAAGAUAUGAGAGAACCUGAUGAUCCAAUACCAACACCAGCGCCUCGUGAACUGGAUGAUAUGGGAGAACCACACAUUUUUGUACCGCCCAAAGAGAUUGUUCUAACACCGAAAGCUGAAUUUUUCAAUACGCCAGUUAAUCUGAGCGUCAGUUCAGUGCAUGUGCCCUUAAACGUUUUCGAUCGAGCCAAGGAAGUCAUCAAAUCCAUUCAAUGGUCGGAGAAUUUAGAUCAAAUAUUUCGUGAUAAUUACAAAAAUGAUCCAACAUUGUCGUGGCAAUUUUAUGGCAGUUCGACUGGUUUCAUGCGCCAAUUCCCGGCAGCCAAGUGGAAAGCUAAACCAGUCGAUUUGUAUGAUUGCCGACUGCGUUCAUGGUAUAUGGAGGCAGCGACAAGCCCUAAGGAUAUCAUCAUUCUAUUGGACAGCUCGGGCUCUAUGAAAGGACAGAGGCUAGAUAUCGCAAAGAAGGUUGUGAAUACAAUACUUGAUACGUUGGGUACCAAUGACUUUGUGAACAUCUUCACCUUUGGGAAAUCAGUAGAGCCAGCCGUCAAAUGUUUUGAGGAGACACUAGUUCAAGCGAAUCUUGGCAAUAUUCGGGAGCUCAUGGAAGGUGUUGACUCUAUAAAAAUUGCCAACAUUGCCAAUUUCACCGCUGCAUUGACGAAAGCUUUUGAAGUUUUGGAACAAUUUCGUACGGAACAACGCGGCGCGCAAUGCAAUCAAGCCAUUAUGAUUGUCAGUGAUGGCGCUCCUUUUGCCUAUGAAGACGUUUUCGAUCAAUAUAACUGGCGCGACCUACCAUUUAAGCCGGUACGCGUAUUCACUUAUCUAAUUGGCAAAGAAGUUGCAGAUGUCAAGGACAUUAAGUGGAUGGCUUGUGCAAAUCAAGGUUAUUAUGUACACCUCAGUGAUAUGGCCGAAGUGCGCGAGAUGGUACUAAAUUACAUACCAGUGAUGGCCCGGCCUCUGGUUCUAGGUAAACAUGAUCAUCCUGUUGUGUGGACCCAAGUAUAUGCCGAUGUUAUUGAUCCGAAAAUAUCAGAUUGGAUGUGGGAGGUGAAGCAAUGCGACGAUCAACGCGAAGAUGUUUUAGAGUUUCGUCGGGAAGGUUACCGGAUGUUGGAGCCAAACGAAGUGCACAAACGCAUCUAUCUUCGCAACAAAGCGGCCUGGAAUCAGCCACUCGAAUCGGAUGUAUAUCAAUUCAUGACCACCGUAUCCAUGCCAGUUUAUGAUCGGCGCAUGAAUGCUAAUAUCACCGAAGAAGUUUUAAUAAAUGAGGCGCUAUGGGAAUUGCAAACUCGUGAGACGAAAAUCGCCAAUCUACUGGGUGUCGCAGGCACGGAUGUACCUAUAAGAGACAUAAAGAGAAUGCUCUCCCCGUUUUUGCUCGGUGUCAAUGGCUAUGCAUUUAUUGUGACAAAUAAUGGCUACAUCCUAUUCCAUCCAGAUUUUCGUCCAAUUUUCCAAGGCAAUAUUUUAAAACCAGCAUAUAACAGCGUAGAUAUGAUUGAAGUUGAACUAUUGGACGAUGAUCGAGCACCGAGAGAUUUCAAUCCUGUACUACUAACGAUUCGCGAUUCGAUUAUUAAUCAAUCAACAGGUAGUAAGUGGAUGUUGGUAAAAAAUCACUUUGACGAAAUGAAACGGGUUGCACGCAUUAAACGCCAAUAUUAUUGGAGAGCGAUACCUAAUACACCGUUUACUCUUGUAAUUACAUAUCCUGAACAAUACGGUGUACAUCGCCUUUCCAUAAAAGCAGAAAAUGAAAUACACCGCAUGAAUAUUAAAGGUGAAAACUUGUUAAACUACUUUGGUGGCAAACGCUGGAAAAUUCAUCCAACAUGGUUGUAUUGCAAGCACAACAACAAAACUUUUACAACACCAGAAGAGGAGCUCAUUUGGUUUUUGAAUAAAAUGUCACAGCCUGGUUGGAGGUGGCCACUAAGUAGAAGUGCGGUGCCGCCGGAACAUGCAGCCCUUUUAUUUUCUAACACAUCUUCCGGGCGCAUACCAUCCAUAAAUGAUAAAGAAAGUUACUAUUGUGAUCGUCAACUCAUGCAAUCACUUGUUUUUGAUGCACGGGUUACCGAAUGGUUUUCGAAAAAUACAAGCUUCAAUUCCAAAGAUGACAAAGGCGCAAGCGCUUCAAGCCCAAUAGCCGUUUUAAUGGGUUUGUUGCCAAGAAAUGAAUUUAAACAACGAUUCGGAAUAACAGUGGCAUUUCUAGCAACACACAGCGGCUUAACACGAUGGCAAGAGUUUCAUUCCAAUAUGGCCGAGGAAGCUGGUGCUGGCGAAACAUUUAGCGAACAAAAUAAACAUGCUAUAGACGAGAUGUGGUACAAACGCGCAGUAGAUCAGCAUUUUGUGCACAAGGAUAGUUUUGUGUACUCGGUGCCAUUCGAUGCAGGAGAUAUUGGAGAGGAAAUUACAGUGACUGCAAGCAACGCAGUCUUCCACACUGAAGGUGCCAAAUUCGCACCUGCCGCCGUAGUAGGAUUUCAGUUUCAUCAUUCGGCACUGGAGAAGCUUUUCCGAAAUAUUACCGGCAAUGGAUGUGCUGUUGAGGAUCGGGAAUGCUACGUUAUUGAUAACAAUGGUUUUAUUAUUAUCUCUCCAUAUCGCCAAGAGACGGGCAAGUUCUUUGGGGAAAUUAACGGUGGUAUUAUGGUGCGUUUAGUGGAAGAGAAAGUCUUUAAGCGUGUCACUGUGUACGAUUAUCAAGCUGUUUGUUUUGAAUCCAGUGGUGAUAUUAACGGAUCAAAUAACUUACUAUCCCCCCUCUUCCACCUCCUUCGUGCGCUCAAAUGGCUGUUCCAUACGGUGUUGUGGUAUAUUGUGCAACUUACCAAUAUGGCCAUUGCCGAAUUUAUCGACCCAUACAUAGAUGAAGACAUGAAUGACUACCCAAGCAAUGCGAAGAGUACCGACUGGCUCCGUUUGGUGACAUUGCAUCGCACACGGCUCAAAUCGUGCGACAUGCAACGUCACUUAUAUCUUAUGUACAAUGAAAAGGAUAAUGUAGUUUACAAUAUGACAGCUCAUGCGUGUGAACGGCCAUUUGUUGUGCUGCCGAUUCCUAAUAGUAAUAUGAUAUUGUUGGUAAUCGAUCAGCGAUGCCCACGGGAUACGUCCAUACAGUUGACGGUUAAUCCAGGCCCCAUUCCAUACCCGCUUGAUAAGAAUCAAACAUUCGCCUGCUAUAAAAACGAUCGUGAAUUUUCAAGGGUCCGUCCGGUCAGUUGCAUAAAUAGACAUAUAAAUGAAAGUACAAUUGAAUUGUGCGGUAAUGCAGGAAGCAUCCAAGUUAACGUGAUCCUAAUGACACUUGGUAUAUUAUUGAGCCGAUAACUGAAACAUUAAUGUUUUCCAAUUAAAGUCACCGUAUGCACACUUUGAAUUUACUCUUCAAGGAUUAAAUUAAACUUAAUAUUGUAUUAGGCUCUCCACAUGGUAAAAUAUACUAUACAAGGAAACGCUGGUACCUAACUAUAAUAUUAAUGCAAUUACAUAGGUACAUACAUUAUUUAUUACUAUCAAGGCAGAUAUUUUAAAUUCCUCAAAGGUGGUUAAAUGAAAAUCGAGCACUCAGUUCAAUCACGUGCAUAUGUAUAAAAUUUACCCAAAAUAGAUUAUUUACCAAUUGGACAACAAUUGUGAAUACACGCAAAUGUGUUUGUAGGUUUGUAAAAAUAUGUAUUAUAAUAUUGUAUAGUAUAAAAUUAGAUUAAAUUAGAACUUGGUAAAUGUGGAUUGUCGAGCUGUUUCAUUAUGAUUGGUUUAGACAUGUUACUUACUCUAUUUUGAAAACAAUUAAAACUCAUAAAAGAGUCCAUAUGUAUAUACGAUUGGGAGAACAAUUUCGACAAUGAAUAAAGUAGUCAUAAGUAGCUUUAUUAGACCCUCUUAUCCCAAUAUAUAGAAAAAUUAUUAAAUUACAUUUUAAGAUAAUUAACCACCUUUACAAAAUUAAAUAGAUCCUUCAACUAUUUCAAUCAUCAAAUUUUUACAGAAAUUUCCAAUAAAAAAGCGAAUUACAAGUUUAAACUAAUAGAUAUUCUAUCAGAUGUGCUUUAUAACAGCUAACACUUAAAAUUUCAAAAUUACGUGAGUAUUGCUAUAUAAAAGUGGUAGGUUUCACAACUUCUUAAAUCUCGGAUUCUUGGACACAUGCCUAUCCAUAUAUAACAUGUAACUGUUCAAAGAUCUAAUGGUAAUUCAAAUGAAUGAAACAGAAGAAAAGAUAAAGAUAAUCAUUAGAUAACACCUAAGUCAACAAUUAUUCUAGCAAUAUGCUAAAGCCUCUACUAUAAAAACUUGGUAAAUAUAUUUCGUAUAAAAAUUAAAAACUCAUUACCUUAUUUAUUAUAUUAAUAAAUUGUAAAAUAACAUUAAAAACAUGUAGAAUUCAAAUAAAGUCCAUUGUUUGAAAGUAAUAA